UGGCGAAUAGUCAAGAGGGGAACCAGAGCCCACUCAGCUCCAACGCUUUCAAGACUUCAACUUCACCACUUGAAAGACACCUCUCGCCAUGGACCCUUACGUGAUCCGGAUGAACUGUAAUGGAGACCUCUCCUCAGUCCUGGACGUCCAUGUGAGCAUCAGUGGGAAAAACACAGCCUUGGGGAAAAUGAAAGGCCGAAAGGCCAGGUGGGCAGUGAGGGCCUCCGAAAUGUCCAAGAAAACUUUCAACCCCAUCCGAGCCAUCGUGGACAGCAUGAAAGUGGAGCCAAACCCAGACAAGCCCAUGAUCGCCUUGUCCAUUGGAGACCCAACCGUGUUUGGAAACCUUCCUACCGACCCUGAAGUUACCCAGGCCAUGAAAGACGCCCUGGAUUCCGGGAAGUACAAUGGCUAUGCCCCAUCCAUUGGCUACCUGUCCAGCCGGGAAGACAUCGCUUCCUAUUACCACUGUCCAGAAGCCCCCCUGGAAGCUAAGGAUGUCAUUUUGACAAGCGGCUGCAGCCAGGCCAUUGAACUUUGCUUAGCCGUGCUGGCCAACCCAGGGCAGAACAUCCUGGUUCCCAGACCUGGCUUCUCUCUCUACAAGACUCUGGCUGAGUCCAUGGGCAUCGAAGUCAAACUCUACAACUUGUUGCCGGAAAGGUCUUGGGAAAUUGACCUGAAGCAUUUGGAGUCCCUAAUCGAUGACAAGACAGCCUGUCUCAUUGUGAACAACCCAUCAAACCCUUGUGGUUCAGUAUUCAGCAGAAGCCACCUCCAGAAGAUCUUGGCUGUGGCUGCAAGGCAGUGUGUUCCCAUUCUGGCUGAUGAGAUCUAUGGAGACAUGGAAUUCGCUGACUGCAAAUACGAGCCGCUCGCCACCCUCAGCACCAACGUCCCCAUCCUGUCCUGCGGGGGUCUGGCCAAGCGCUGGUUGGUCCCCGGCUGGAGGCUGGGCUGGAUCCUCAUUCACGACCGUCGAGACAUCUUUGGCAAUGAGAUCCGGGAUGGUCUGGUGAAGCUGACCCAGAGGAUCCUGGGACCCUGUACCAUUGUCCAGGGGGCCCUCAGAAGCAUCAUGCGACGAACUCCUCAAGAGUUUUAUCACAACACUCUCAGCUUCCUCAAGUCCAACGCUGACCUUUGCUAUGGGGCCUUGGCUGCUGUUCCUGGACUUCGGCCAGUCCGGCCCUCUGGAGCCAUGUAUCUCAUGGUUGGGAUUGAGAUGGAGCAUUUUCCAGAGUUUGAGAAUGACGUGGAGUUCACCGAGCGGUUAAUUGCCGAGCAGUCCGUCUUCUGCCUUCCAGCCACAUGCUUUGAGUACCCCAACUUCUUUCGGGUGGUGAUCACAGUCCCCGAGGUGAUGAUGCUGGAAGCGUGCAAUCGGAUUCAGGAAUUCUGUGAGAGGCACUACCAGAGCGGCGAAGGGACCCAGGACCUCGAAUGUGACAAAUAGGCGGAAGGGACCGGACAGACCCCUUGCCCUGUUUGGGGGUCCCUCUUUGGCUGGGCUGGGCAGUGCCCCCCAGCUCCUCAAUGAAACUGAGCCCCAAUGGGGAGAGGCCACCGUACCCUCGCCCUUUUAGAAACUCCUCCUCUGUUCCUCAACCCUACACACACUCUGUCGGCCAUUACAGAGUCUCCUCGUGUUGAGCAAACCUGACUCACUCCCCCAGUUCCUCGCCUCUCUCCAUUAUCAGGUCAAAAUGCUGACCGGUUCCGAGAGGGUUUCUGAUUUCUCAGGAAGCAAAUAAGAGGUGAAAGGGCAUAAAGAGAGCCUAGGGGAGAGAAAACAAUCGGGUAAGACGAUUAGCUCCCCACUAGCUCUUCAAGAAGUUUCUCACCGUGGUCACAUUUAAAGCUCAGCUCCGGCCCUGCCUCAUUACUGCCAAAACGGGCUUUAAGGAGCCUCAGGGGCCCGUGGGACCACUCUGGUGAAGGGGCGAAGGAUACCCUGACCUGUAUUUCACAAUCACUCUUGUUGUAACUCUAACCUUGAUUUAUUAUAUAUUAUGUUAUAUAUUAUAUAUAUAUUAUAUUAUCACCUUUUCAUAUGUUAUCUAAAAAGCAUUUAUACUGACCGGACCCUUCGUGCGGCAAAGGGCAUAAAUUAUUGUAUGAUGUUUUCUUUUGUUGUUGGUUUUUUGUUUUUUGAUAAAUGUUACAAA